AUGGAUGGGAUGUUACUGGGAAGACCUGAAGGGCAUGUUUCCCAGAUACGUGAGCAGGGAGAGACUUGUGAGAGGCAGCAUAGCUUAGAAAGGCAGCAUGAAAACCAUCCAGGAGAGGGACAGGGUAACUUCAGUCACAGUAGUAGAGGGGAGAAAAGAAACACAGAAACCGUUCAACAGAAAAUCCCCCAUCAACAGUCACCCUGCACUUGUAGUGACUGUGAAGCUCCUAUUGAACAUCAAAGAGCCCACACAGGAGAGAAGCUCUUCACGUGCUCUGACUCUGGGAAAAGCUUCAGUAAAAGUGAACACCUUGUUACCCAUAGAAGGACCCACACAGGAGAGAAACCUUUCAAUUGCUCUGACUGUGGGAAAAGCUUCAGUAGAAGCACACACCUUGUUAGACAUAGGAGGACCCACACAGGAGAGAAACCUUUCAAUUUCUCUGAUUGUGAGAAAAGCUUCAGUCGCAGCUCACACCUUGUUACCCAUAGGAGGACCCACACAGGAGACAAACCGUUCAGUUGCUCUAACUGUGGGAAAAGCUUCAGUCGCAGGUCACACCUUGUUACCCAUAGGAGGUCCCACACAGGAGAGAAACCUUUCAGUUGCUUUGACUGUGGGAAAAGCUUCAGUGGGAAGUCACCCCUUGUUAGACAUAGGAGAACUCACACAGGAGAGAAACCUUUCCAUUGCUCUGACUGCGAGAAAAGUUUCAGUACAAGUUCAGAGCUUGUUACCCAUCGGAGGACCCACACAGGGGAGAAACCUUUCAAUUGCUCUGACUGUGGGAAAAGAUUCAAUCGCAGCUCGCACCUUAUUAGACAUAGGAAAACCCACAUGAGAGAUAUCCUUCACCUGCUCUGACUGCAGGGAAAGCUACAGUCCAUGCUCCUACCUUACUAACCAUCAGAUAAAACAUACAAGAGAGUCGCCUUAUAACAACUCUGAUUGCAGAAAAGGCUUCAAACACAGGUCAAACUUUAACAUAAGGACAUAAGAAUGGCCGUACUGGGUCAGACCAAAGGUCCAUCUAUCCUAGUAUCCUGUCUUUUGAC